GGUUGGUCUAAAAACUCUCCCCAUUUUUUAAGUAACAAACUAGAAAACGUAACAAGCAACCGAAAGGGCGCCAAUAUAAAUAGAAACAGAGAAAAAUAUACAAAACGACAUCGUAAUUCAAAAAUUAUGGCUUCAACGACUUCAACUUCAAUUUCUCCUCAAAAUUUCAGAGCCCAAAAGAAAAUACCAUCCAAGACCAAAAACCUCAGCAGCAAUUACAUUUCAUUCUCUUCUCAUUUAUUCAUUAAAAAUCCCAUUAUUUGUUCAUCAAAAUCUUAUUAUUCUACUAGUAACUAUAGUGUUAAAGCCAAGUUAAACGACAAUGAAGUUGUUGUCGUUGAUGAAGAGAUGGAUAAAAUUCGGAGGCUGCAAAACGGGUCGGAUGUUCGAGGUGUGGCGUUGGAAGGAGAGAAGGGGCGGGCCGUGGAUUUGACCCCGGCCGCGGUUGAGGCAAUUUCGGAGAGUUUUGGGGAGUGGGUGGUGGCAAUGUUGAAGCAGAGUAGUAACAGUAAUAGUAAUGGUAAUAGUAAUAGUAAUAGUAAUAGUAACGAUGAAGUUGUUAAAGUGUCGCUUGGAAAAGACCCGAGAGUAACAGGACCUUUGUUAAGUGGCGCGGUGUUCGCGGGGCUGUCGCGCGCGGGUUGUGCGGCGUUUGACAUGGGACUCGCGACAACUCCCGCUUGCUUCAUGAGCACAGUGUUGCUUCCAUUUUCCUUUGAUGCUUCUAUUAUGAUGACGGCAUCACACUUGCCAUACACUAGAAAUGGGCUGAAAUUUUUCACAAAGAAAGGUGGACUAAGUUCACCCCAAGUUGAGGAGAUAUGUGAGAAAGCUGCACGUAAAUAUGCGAAUAGGCUCACCAAGGUGUCCACAAUGCUCACUUAUCGCCCCAAAAGUGUCAAUUUCAUGAGUGCUUAUGCCACUCACCUAAGGGAAAUUAUCAAGCAAAGGAUCAACCAUCCACUUCACUAUGACACUCCUCUUCAAGGAUUUCAGAUAAUAGUAAACGCUGGAAAUGGUUCAGGAGGGUUCUUCACAUGGGACGUACUAGACAAACUCGGUGCCGACACCUUCGGCUCGCUCCACCUAAACCCGGACGGAAUGUUUCCUAACCACAUUCCCAACCCGGAAGACAAAAUCGCCAUGGCCAUGACAAGAGCCGCAGUAUUGAACAACACCGCGGACUUAGGAAUAGUGUUUGACACAGAUGUGGACCGUAGCGGUGUGGUGGACAACAAGGGUAAUCCAAUAAAUGGUGACAAGCUCAUUGCUCUGAUGUCGGCCAUUGUGCUGAGAGAGCACCCUGACACGACUAUUGUGACCGAUGCUCGUACGAGCAUGGCACUUACUAGAUUUAUCACCGCUAAAGGUGGUCACCAUUGCUUGUACCGAGUUGGUUAUAGGAAUGUUAUUGAUAAAGGUGUGCAUCUCAAUGAAGAUGGCAUUGAAACUCAUCUCAUGAUGGAAACAUCUGGCCAUGGUGCUCUUAAAGAGAAUUAUUUUCUCGAUGAUGGAGCUUACAUGGUGGUAAAGAUUAUCAUUGAAAUGGUACGGAUGAAGCUUGAAGGAUCAGAAGAAGGUAUUGGUAGCCUCAUAAAAGAUCUUGAAGAACCAUUGGAAUCCAUUGAGCUUAGAAUGAACAUAAUCUCACAACCUAAAGAUGCAAAGGCAAAAGGCAUUGAAGCCAUUGAAACAUUCAGACAAUUCAUUGAGGAAGGAAAACUUGAAGGGUGGGAGUUGGACGCUUGUGGAGAUUGUUGGGUGAGUGAAGGCUGCCUUGUCGACUCAAACGAUGAUCCGGCUGCCAUCGACGCUCAUAUGUAUCGAGCAAAAGUAUCGGAUAAGGAGCAUGGACAAUAUGGUUGGAUGCACAUAAGACAGAGUAUUCAUAACCCAAAUAUAGCCAUUAAUAUGCAGUCAUCACUGCCUGGUGGCUGCCAAACAAUGACUACAGAUUUCAAACACAAAUUUCUUAUGGCAAGUGGGGUACACAAAGUGCUUGAUAUUAGCCAAAUAGAAAAAUACGAGAAAAAUGGACAAGCAAAUUGACUGACUGCUAAGUCUUGUGAUAUUGUGAAGUAUAUUAUACAUAGCAAUAGAAAUCAAUGGUAGAGAGAGUACGUAACAUAGUAAUGUAAGUCAUCUCAAUGAAUUAUAUCAACUCAUUUCAGCCCCAAUUGAAAAUCGAAAAUAAUAAUAAAUAGUAGUUCUUCUUCAA